AUGGCACCAAAGAAGGAUGUGAAGAAACCUGCUGCUGCUGCUGCCGCCCCAGCCCCAGCCCCAGCACCUGCACCUGCACCUGCCCCAGCCAAACCCAAAGAAGAAAAAAUUGACCUCUCUGCCAUUAAGAUCGAGUUCUCUAAGGAACAGCAGGAUGAAUUCAAGGAGGCGUUCCUCCUGUUUGACAGAACAGGUGAAUGUAAGAUCACCUUAAGCCAGGUCGGCGAUGUCCUUCGAGCUCUGGGCACAAAUCCCACCAAUGCGGAAGUCAAGAAGGUGCUGGGAAAUCCCAGCAAUGAAGAGAUGAAUGCCAAGAAAAUUGAGUUUGAACAAUUUCUGCCCAUGAUGCAAGCUAUUUCCAACAACAAGGACCAGGGCACUUAUGAAGACUUUGUUGAGGGUCUGCGUGUCUUUGACAAGGAGGGCAACGGCACAGUCAUGGGUGCUGAACUCCGCCAUGUUUUAGCCACAUUGGGUGAAAAAAUGAAAGAGGAGGAAGUGGAAGCCCUGAUGGCGGGUCAGGAAGACUCCAAUGGCUGCAUCAACUAUGAAGCUUUUGUCAAACAUAUCAUGUCCAAUUAAAUGGAGCUCUCAAGAUCAAGGAUUGUUUACAAAGACUGGCUGGAAACUUCUUGCAAUAACAC